GUCUUUGACGUGUUCGUCAACCAAUGAAAAGUGAGAAAAUGCUAAACCCCGCCUACUAGGCUGGGACCAAGUGGACCAAUUGUGAUUGGAGAGUGGGAGGGACCCUGACGGUUUUAGAAGGAGAAUGGAAUGAAGAGGAAAAAAGGAGCUAACGGAAGAAAAACAAAAGGAGUUGGCAGGAACAAAAAAAGUUCAUUCUGCAGCCUCGGCUCGGAGGGAAAGGACGCGCCUUUGAUGACGUGUUCCUAUUCAGAUUAUAGUCUGUGCUAUAUAUCCCUGACCGGACCGCAGUGAGAGGUUCGAGUAAAAGAAACUCGAGGUUAUCCUCAAGUGAUUUCAUGUGCAUGGGGUAUCUGCAUGGCAGUUGUUUCCUAUGGCAUCAAAUGAUAAACAAGAUCAUCCCACUGGCCAAAAUCAAUUGCCUUGCCUAUAUGAUACAUCAAUAUGGGGAUCUAUCUUGGCUUCAGUGAAAGAACAGCUCCCAUCUUUUGACUCAGAUUCUUCCUCGUCAGAUGAGGAAGAUGGGGAAUUAUUCAUCUUCCAGCGAGAUGAAGAAAAUCUGAUUCCAGACUUAACUGAAGAAUUGGCAGAUGACCCAGACAUUCAGCAGCUUCUGGAAUCUGUGAUAAACACUGGAAAGAACUGGUAUGGAGGGAUAAAGGAUUCAGCCAUUCUUGAAGGGAAAGACGCUAGCAAGCCUUUGCUGAUUGGUCCAGCUUUUGCAGACAUCGAAGAAAUUCAAACAGGCAUUCAUCUCAGGAUCACUGAAAAAAGUGCCCAGUGGCAGAAAGGAGACUGGGACUUGUUUAGAUCUAGUGCUCAGGCUCUUAUCACUGGACCGCAGGAGGAAGAAUUCUCAACUUCAACCUAUAAAAAAGGUCUCACAACUGACAAUUUAGGGACUGGUAAUUUAUCUUCCUCUGAAGAGUCAGAUUCCACAAGCAUAAAAGCUAUCAGAAAAGAGAGAAGAAAGAUGAUAGAGAAGAACAUACUUUGCAAGGAAAUCAAGAAGUUUCCACUUGAAAGUUUAAGUUGUUCACAAUUCACAGAACCCACAACCCAUGAACCCACUGAGUCAGAGGAUAUGAAAGAAAAGAUGCCAGCCAAACAUGAAGGCUUGAAACUACAGUCUCUUGAGAUACUUGAUGAGUGGGAUUUAGAUAAGAUACUUCAAAACCUGGAGGCGCAAAAAAACCAGGGAGAAUGUGCAACAGGAGUCACAUGCUGGGAAGUCGACCCUUCUUUUAAAGGCCGAGGAAGCCUUGUGUCCAAAACCCAGGACAGGCUUAUGGAGCAGCUAGUUGCCCUAUGUGCCAAACAGUCUAAAGAUUUAUCCUUACCCCAUGAGAAGCCUUCUGACAAGCUCUGCCAUCCUAUGGAAGACCAGAUCAGAAGCAGGUGUAUGUCACACCUAACACCAGGGCAGAGGCAACAUGUGACUAAAGACACAAAGCUGAAGGGGAAAAUGGAGUCUCCCACAGUUUUCAUUGACCUCAGGCAGCCUGAGCCAAAGAAAUCAGUGCCUCUGCCUAGGUCAGAACACCGAUUCCAGAAUCAAGGGGACAAGCUCAGCUCCAGUGACAGCUCUAUCGAAAGUGAGGAGGAGACUCCAGAUGUGAGAGAUGAGAAAGGACCCAGAGAGAGAAUUUCACAAGGACCAAGGGACCAGACUGGGAAAAGUUACCUGCUACAACAGCUCCGUGCUUUCCAGAAGACCUCUCGGUCACGUGGCACUGAAACUAAAGUGAUUGCCCAAGAGGGCCACAAUACUCUGGAGGCUGAAACUUUUGAAGACGUGGCCAAGUCAGGAAUCAGGAGAAAACAACACGUGGUAACAAGAGAUACCCAUCAGCACACUUCCGUGAGGCCCCUGGGAUCUCAGUACCUCCCACUCCUAGACCAGGAGGCCAAAGGUAGAGGAGAAAAUCAAAAGGGCACAGACGAGAAUCUGGAUUCAGAAAAAUUCAUUGUGGAGUUGGCAACUCCUCUGAAUAAAACAAGAGAAACCUCAAGCAGUUGGAAGAACUAAUGUGGAAUGUCUGCCUAGCCUUCAAGAGCAUUUCACCAACAUGAAGCCCACGACUUCUCUCAAAGAAGUGAUUCAAAUAUGCAGUCCCUUGGCACAACAAAAAUGAGUUGACUUCAUGGAAGGAGUAGAGAUAAUUUCAAAUCAGUCUCAGAUAAAAGCCCCUGACAAAGAUUGCAAGCCUCCAAUGUGACCACUUACACCAUGAAAAAGCUGUUUAACCACUUCAUUGACAAAGGCAGCCUUCCUUUCCCUUCCCAUGGCAUGGGAUGCACUUUCAUGCGUUUGCCCUAUAUCAGACAAAUGAGGAAACAAGUCACAGCCUUUGACACCUGCCAGGAUACGGAAGCAGCAAAUUAUAGGAGUCAUUCUUCAGUCAUCCCUUAGAUUUCUCUGCUUCCUGGAAGGAGACCUGAGCCAUGGCUCAUCACACAUUUGAAUAUGCUCUUUCAUCUCAUAUCUAACCAUGACCCUGACUGUACAGGAGCUGGGGAAGCGGCAGAAGACCCAGCCACCAACCCUAAUAAACACUAGGUGGAGGAAGGGAAUUCAACUAGUUUCCAAGUAGGAUAAUAGAAAAUCAGAAGAGGACUUGUAGUUGUGACUGUGACCAGGAACAGGCCCAGAUUGCCUUGAAUAGCCCAGCUUCCCUGGGCCCUCCAUAACCUCCACCCACAUCUGUAUGCCCCUUGACUACCUUAGGACCUGAGCUCUGACUAGGGAGCUCUUCAGCUUGAUUGAUACUUUCAUUUGAUGUCAGCGUAGAGCUGCCCAACAUUCUACUACCUUGGUAUUCAAAGGCUUCUUGUUUUUUAAUUCUAAUGUUUCUCUUUUCCCCCUUUAAUAUCAGCAAAUGUAUUAAAAUAUCUAUUCAAUAAAGUAACAGAAAAUCAACUUUCAGUUCCAAGUUCAACAGCAGCUCUGGAUGAUCUAUUUGUUAAGGAAAUUAAGACAAGGUCAAUGGGCUGGGAAUUGUAUUUUAGAGCUUUUGCAAGGUUUUUAAUUGUGACAACUCUUAACAGUCUGCCUAAUGGUGUGCUGGUAAAUGUUUAACAACUGGCUCUCUGAAAACCCACAACAUACUUCUAAGUUUAAUCUGCAUUCUUAUUUUAUCUAUUACUCUCUUAAAUCUAGAAAACCAACAAAAUAAAUCAAGCCCUGUUUGGUGGCCUUUGAUGAUUUCCAAGGUGUAAAUGCUCACACUAAAAAUUUAAUAACUGAUAAGAACUGGCUCCAACACAACCCUAUGCAUGUCCCACUGCUUUAUCAGCUCUUUCCGCUAUCAGUUUGACCAAGUGGCCUGAUUGUUCUUAUAGUUUGGUCUCAGUACUUUACGUAGUUGCUAUUUUGUUAUGUAUCAUUUGGUUUAUCUUUGUAGUAUUGUGUUUGUUCUUUUAUCAGCCCCUAUUUGACAUCCAAUCAAUCACUAGUGUAGAAUGUGAGUAAUACUUACACCUAUAGGUAUAGGGCAACUACACCAAGGCAGUGUAUCUUGCAACUGUAUGUUCAGUUAUUUCACUUGUCAACAUU